AUGGGUCCCUGGGGUUUGGUUCUGGGAGAGGCCCUUAAGGCCUUACCAGUCUUCGAUGUCCAGUACCUCCACACGUGUUCCACUCUUGACAUAUUCACACCCAGAUCAGUCUCCAACGGAAACCUAACUCAUCUUGUGUUCAUCAGCUUUGAGUCGCCGCUCCCCAAGUCCUCUGACCCAACCCCUAUCGUGAAUCCAUCGUGUCUGCCUGUCGUCGUCACAAGGUCGUCGACAUUUGGGAUCUCUUUACCAUUUCUACUUAACAUCUUCUGGCUUCACGCCGUUACGUAUAGGUGCAUGAAAAACAACUUGACGCGUGGGGCGCAAACCCCACCUAAAUCCGACAUCCACGUUCCGCGAUCACUUUGCAAUUGA